AUUAAUGUAGGGGCUGACCAGUCCCAGCAGGCCCCGCCCUGACCAGGUGGUAAUGCUACCCAGAAGUCCUAACACAAGGAGGCCAAUGCCCUCUGUGUACAUCAUGUGCUGGGGCUACUGCCAGGGAGUUGUUCAGUCACCUGGUCUGACCCUCAUCAGAACAGCCCAGCAGAGCUCUAUCUGGUCAGAGGUACAGGCCCCUGAUGCCAGGCCAGGAGGACUUCAAUUCUAUAAUUCUGAUGGGACUAUGGGGACCCUUGUUACCAAGUUGCUUCUCCCCACAAUCAGCAGCCUCGCCUUCCUCCCCACCAUCAGCAUCGCUGCCAAGAGGAGGUUCCACAUGGAAGCCAUGGUCUACCUCUUCACCAUGUUCUUCAUAGCGAUAUACCACGCGUGUAAUGGGCCAGGCUUAUCAGUGCUAUGUUUCAUGCGCUACGACAUACUGGAGUAUUUCAGCAUCUAUGGGACAGCAUUGAGUAUGUGGGUGUCAUUAAUGGCACUGGCAGAAUUUGAUGAACCAAAAAGGUCAACCUUUGUGAUGUUUGGAGUGUUGACCAUUGCCGUAAGGAUCUACCAAGACCGAUGGGGCUAUGGGGUGUAUUCGGGGCCUAUUGGCACAGCUGUCCUCAUCAUUACAGCAAAGUGGCUGCAAAAGAUGAAAGAGAAGAAGGGUCUGUACCCGGACAAGAGUGUAUACACCCAACAGAUAGGCCCUGGUUUCUGUUUUGGAGCAUUAGCACUGAUGCUGCGUUUCUUUUUUGAGGAGUGGGAUCACACCUAUGUUCACAGCUUCUACCACUGUUCACUAGCCAUGUCCUUUGUCUUGCUGCUGCCCAAGGUGAACAAGAAAGCUGGGAAUGCUGGGACUCCUGCCAAACUGGACUGCUCUACGCUCUGCUGUGCUUGCAUCUGACUGUGCCUUUCCUCCCACCCUUCCCGGACCUCCAUUUGACUACGUACCCCUAUAGAGAUAUGAACCUGAUUCCCUGUCUCCCUUACUCUUUUCUUCUCUCAGGUCAAGUUGAGCAGACAAGUAUUUAAGAUCUCAAUGUAGGCCUAGCAUUGUUGUAGGCACCAUGGGGAAGAGCUGUUGCUUUUCCCCCUUUCCUUCCACGGCUUUCAUCUUUAAAAAUCAUAGUAGCCAAGAAUUGGCUUUCCAGAGCCAAUCAAAGCCCUCAGCCUCUGUGCAGGACUGUACUCAAAUUAUCCUAGGCAGACAAGACUUCUCCUGUCAAAAAAGAGUCUACCAACUAUCCUUGGUUACAAUCCUUUCCCUUUUCAAAGUCAAUGGCAAUCUCUCCUAUUUAGACAUCUCUUUUCCCAUGGGUCCUGGUGAGAUUUCUAUUUCUGCACCCAUGGUCUCUGAAUGAGCCCUUUGGGAAGGGAAGGGGCAGUCAAAUAGGUAGUGCCACUGUUGCAAUACCAGGUUGGUUAAUUUCAGCGGCUACCUCCUGACCCCAAACCCCACCCCUUGGCCCCUGUCCCUUCCUCCAGCUGAGUUCCAUGAGCUCUGAGUUCCCUGCUUCUAGGAGAGAAAUUCCAGACUGAAUUGAUGUAGGAGCAAAAUGAUUUUAUUUAUUUCACUCUAACUCUGUUGGAGGCCAUAGGCUCUUUCCCAAAAUUGCAGGAGCCCAAUGCCAACUCACCAUACCUAGUGUCCAGCCUAGGGUUGACAAGUAUCCCUUUCCCAGAUCCACUAAGGUGGGUGGUUUAAUGACGAAAGUGUCUGGGCACCAAGGGCACCCUCCUGGGGUCCAACUCAUUUGGAAGCUACAGUCCUUGUUCCCUUUGCCCAUGCCCAGAUCUUUCCCCAUAGCUCUCUAAUGGAUGGGCAGUGAGUGCUGAAAACUCUCUGAGUCUUUCCAAAUAAUUCUCUCUCUUGGAAUAACUGGGGGCAGCACAGUCAGGCACCCCCUUACCUCUUUGUAGCAAGCAUGGCUCCAUAUCAGAACAACUCCUUCUGCAUUACAAAACAUCAGUUUAAUAGCAUUCCCCCUCUUCCCAACUCCACAAACAAUCCCACUAGCCCAGGAUCCUACCAUAGGUGGUUUGGAAAAGCUAUCACCUCUCUCCCUGACAUAAUCCUUCCAGGCUUGGAGACAUUUCCAAACCCUCUCCUGCCCCCAGCUGCCCCCAGGACUCUGUUAUAUGAAUAUUUGUCUAAUCUAACCCUUUUGAAACCUCAUUUUAAAAUUUGUAAAGCCUAUCCCCUCUCCUGAGAAACUGUCUCCUCCCCCAGGACAGCCUGUGUUCUGGUCUUCAGCAUAUGUCUCUUAAGGCAGUAGGACUAGGAACUGGUGAUUGUCAAUGUCCUCCCUCUUCCAGCCCUUCCCAAGUUUAUAGACGGCAACCACCUCUGUCUUCAGUCUCCAUCUUUCCAGCCCUAGGAGGCUUCAACUCAGUUCAGACUCAUCCAAACCUCAUUUCCACUCCUUUGGUCCUUUUCAUUGACCAUCCUAAACCCUUCUUAUCUUCCUGGGUCCUGUCCUUUACAAGGUAAGGAGGAGGAGUAUAUUCAGAGCCCCCUCUAUCUGGUUGACUUCCCCACAUGCCCUUGUGCUCACUUAUAGACACAUACAUUCACACACACACACACACACACAGACACCCCUUUAUCACUCUCUCUCCAAUCUUUACCUAACAGCCACAUCCCAAGUGUGUAGCAGAAGACAUUACAGAGAGCACAUGGGCCAUCUCAAGUUUAUCUAUCACAGCCUCCAGGUUAAGGAAAAAUAAAGACAAUUACCUAGCAAGUAAAAGUGCUGGUAGAGGUAGAAAAAAAAAUGCAAAUUCCAGAACUUA